AUGGAAGCAGGAACUCGAUGGUUAUCACGAGGUUUUUCUACAAAUUUUGAUUGGGUUCAUUCAAUCGGGACAACAGUAGAAUCAUCACAGAACGAUUUUCAAAACAAUUUCGAAACGCAUGCGUAUCUAGAAUUUCCGUAUGAUGUCAAAAUCAGUUACAAUCACCAAUGUAUUUUAAUCACUGACUUUCUCACUCAUCAAUUGCUCGUAUGUGAUUUAAUGAAUUACUCUCCUAAAGCAUACAUCGACGCUCCGAGCGAUUUUCCUACUCGAAUGUAUAUUGAAAAAAAUUAUGAAAAACAAAGAGAUGCCUUAUAUUUGAUGUGUAGAAAUGGAUCAAUAGUUAUGUUAAUGAAAUAUGAUUUAGAGCUCUUUUUGAAAGCAAAAUCAUUGAGGGAUGAUGAGGAAAGGAAUUCAAUUCAUUCAAGCGGAUUUAUUUGGAAAACCACUAAUUGCAGUAUGCAAGCAUUUGUUGUGAAUACUGCACUUAAGAGAGUAAUGGGCUGUGAUUUUGGAGAGAGCUGUCUGAAAAUUUUGAAUUCAGAAAAUGGUGAAUUUCUUCACAAAAUUCAAUUUACAAAUGUUCCUUUUGCAAUCGAUCUUGCAAAAGACGAUAUUGUAAUUAUUUAA